CCCUCUCUAAGAAGAUGGGGUCCCCUCCUCUGCGCGGACAGGUGGACAUGAGCAUCACAGACGUCGCUGCCUCACUGCUUAGGACGGAGGAUUCUUUCUCUGCCUGCCUUGCUCGGAUCAACAGCAUCCUUCUCCAGCCUCUCCUGCAGUCAGGGUUUUCUGAGAACGCGAAGCUCUUGGCCGAGCUGAACGACCGCUUCCAAGUCAUCUGGGACCUGACGGAGGAGAGCUACAGAACUCUGAAGCAAACCUUUGGCGUGUCAGAAUCCGUCGGCAUCCAAGACCUGUACCUGGCCCAGAAAGCCGACUUGUUCCUUGACGCGUACAUCCAGUACUUCUCCACCUUCACCAGUUGUGUCGUGACCCAAGUCUUUGACCAUGCUGCCAGGAAUAAAAGUGAUUUCUGGAAGACCCACAAGCCGUCGCUGCAGCAGUUCCUCGCGGACUUCUCUCCGGGGACAUCCGUCGCUGUCGCUCUGCACACUGUGCUGCACAAGCCCUUUUGGGAGCACCUCCAGAAGUACAGCCUGGUCUUCUCCCAGCUCAAGGAAGCUGCUGGCCAGAACCAGGUUAAAGAAGUGAGCGAAGCUGCCGAAGGGUUUGCAAAUCUUCUCUUGUUCAUUUGUCAAGCUCUGGAUGAAGCCAACCUCACCCGGAACCUCUGGAAGUCCCUGGGCCACAAGUUCACGGAUGUUCUUUGCGUUCCUGAGAGGAGGCUGCUGGAAGACAGCCGGAAUCUUGCCCUCUUUCCCAGCACAGGAAGAUCUGACCGGGUUCUGCUCUUCAACGACAUUCUUGUGCUGAUUCAAGGGAACACCUUCCAGAGUUUUGACCUGAAGCUCACCUGGGUGGACGCAAGCUUCAAGGAAACAGGAAAGCACACGCUCCGCAUCACCACUCCAGAAGGCAUGUUCUUCCUCUUGGCCAAAGAACCAGAGUCACGGGCCGUGUGGCAGUGGAAGCUGAACCAGGCCGUGCGGCAGGCGCUGAGUGGCAAGCGAGACUUCCCUCUGUGGGGCGAGGCCGGCCGAGGGAGAGACCCGCCCGUCUGCCGCUGCUGCAGCUUCAAUUUCCGGGAGGAAGGAAGGUUCAAGGGCGCGACUUACGAGGGAGAGUGGCGGCUGAGUAAACCGCACGGCAAGGGGACGCUGACGUGGCCAGAUGGUCGGAAUUACGUCGGGGACUUCCAGGACGGCAUGGAACAUGGGUUUGGCAUCUGCCUCGUCCCUCGCGCCUCCGAAGACCGCUAUGACUGCUACAAGUGUCACUGGCGAGAAGGCAAGAUGAACGGUUAUGGGAUUUGCGAGUACGGCGACGAGAUGGUGUACAAAGGGUAUUUCAAGGACAACGUACGCCAGGGGUUUGGCACCUUGGAGAACCCUUCGGACGCUGAGAAGCCGUUCAAGUACUCAGGGCACUGGGAAAAUGACAAGAAACACGGCUAUGGGGUCUGGGACGACAAAGAGAGAGGGGAGAGGUACAUUGGGAUGUGGCAGGAAGACCAGAGACAUGGACCGGGGCUUGUGCUCAUGCAGUCGGGCGUCUGCUAUCAGAGAACUUUCCACAUGGAUAAAAUGGUGGGAUCUGGGACCCUCCUCCUGGAAGACGACUCAAUCUUCGUGGGAAACUUCACCAGAGACUUGACUUUCGUCGGCAAAGGCAAGCUGACCUUCCCAAAUGGAUUCAUUCUGGAGGGCACGUUCAGCAGCAAAUCGACCCACGGGCUGCAGACUCAAGGAGUACUGGAUACGUCCGGCGACCAGCAGGAUGACACCGCAGAGAAACUACAGCUGGGUCUGGAAGUAUUCCCAGUAGAGAAAAGAUGGGAGGGCCUCUGCAGCCCCUUCCUGGAGUUCGUCCACUCAGGCGGUCAAGGAGAAACAGAGGAGGCUUUCAUGGGCUUCCACGUUCAGACGAGCAAAGAGCUGAGGAAGUCGCAGGAGUACCUCUUCUGCCACAGAGGGACUGACGAGACUCCCAGGAAAGUUGACUACCUUGAAGAACUCGUUGAACACCAGGAGAAGGUUGACCUGCAAGAUUACCUGCACCAGGCGCUGCAAUCUUCUCUGCACCCGCUGGGGAAAUUCUUGAAGGCUCUGACUUUGGCGUUCCAGGCUAGCUACUCUGGGAUCGGGGCAAACAAACACCUUCUCAGCAUGGCGCAACAGGAGAUCAAGCAUUACGCAAAGAAGAUUUGGGAAUUCUACCAGGGCUUGCUGCGUCUUGCGUUGGAGGUCAAAGGUCAACCGUCUGCCGAAGACAUGGAGGAGAGUGACCUCAACGGACCUGCCCUCGUGCUGCCCCUCAUCCUGCCGUGCUUCUACCCUGACCUCUCGAUGCUCUACAUGCUUUACCACCAGAAAGAGGACGACUUGUAUUGCCAAGGGAUUAUGGAUCUCAGCCUGUUUCCUGAUGUUAAGCUGCUUGAAUUCCUGGAGGUCCAAAAAUAUUUGUGGCCCCUCAAAGAUCUGACGCUCACAAGUAACCAGAGGCGAUCACUGGUCAAAGACCGCUGCUUUCUUUCUGCUACUGAAUGUCUACAGAAGCUGAUCACUACUGUUGACCCGCGGGAAAAGCUGGACAUCCUCCAAAAGACAUAUGAGGAGAUUGAGAAGACAGUGAACCGGGUGCUGGAGAAGGAAUAUAGCCUGCCAAUGGACGACCUCCUGCCACUGCUGAUGUAUGUUGUGACGCGGGCAAGUAUACAACAUUUAGGAGCAGAAAUCCACCUGAUCAGAGAUCUGAUGGACUCAACAAAUGAAGGAGGCAUGUACGACUUCCUUCUGACAGCACUGGAGUCGUGCUAUAAUUUCAUCCAGAAGGAAAUAAGACUCCGCCCAAGUUGGCAGGUGCUACACAAUUCCUGAGAGUUGCACAGCAGCAUUCGUUGUCCUAACAAAGGAUGCUAGAAAGAGAAGGAGCUUGAAAUUGUUUUUCCAUUUUUUGGUAUGUCUUUCCUAUGGGAAGGAUGUUUGGUUUUUAAGACACAAUUUCUUUGAAAUUGACAUUUGAAAAAGAAUGGUUCUUUGACAUUGAUGAGAAGGCUGCAGACAAAAGGAAGUCAACUUGAUUCCAUGUGCAAUACUCCCAUUCCUUGUAUCUCAGCCUCAUGCAAAAUGCAACUUUCUAUUCCUGGACCAGAGGACUUAUCCUUUUGGAGGCAAGAGGUUAAUUCUGGUCCUGCUGGGGCCAGAAACAAAGCUAUUUUGAAGGUCACCAAAACCAGGAAUUUGCCAGAACCAAUCUCGUUUGGGCCAGUGCAAUUUUUUAAACCAAGCGCUUUAACCUUUCAUGUCAAAUUACCACCAUUUAUUAAUUCCUUAUUUUUUAUGAUUCAUGGAGCAUCUUGCAAAAGACAGUCUUGUGUACUGCUAAAACAUCCCGGUAGAAUGCAUACCAGAGGUUAUUUUGGUUAAUGCAUUGCUUGUGGUGCGAUGAUCACUGUAUUUGGGCUUUUAAAAAUUUUGGCAGCCACGCUGAAAUUGAAACAUUUGGAGGAAGUUCAAAGUCUUACUUGUUUCAGCAAUGGCCUGCUGGUAAUCCAAAGCAGUGAGUGAUCUCUGGAUCACCAUUAGCACAAUAAUGGCAAUCCAAGCUCACUCAAGCAGGAGUUCAGAUGACCAUUGCAACCCAGCUGGUCGGUCCAGCUCCUACCAUUCCAUUUGGAUUGUGAUGAUGCCCUUUGCCUUUCUCCCAACAAAAGCAAACAGCAUAUCCAGUACCAGGACAUAAAAUGUUCCGCCACACAUUCCAUUUAUUCAAAGCUGCUGACUUACCUUUUACCCGAUUACCCAUUUUCCAAUGCAAAGGGAAGAUCAUUUCAUGGAUUGAUUUCCGCACCCAGUUAUCCACAGGGAAAUGCAGCUCAAAGUGUAGCGUUUUGGAAGUUACAACAACCGAGAGCUGUAGUUACACACAUAAGCACUGCCUCUAUUUCUCAUUCAAGGGAGAGUGAACAUGCACCACCCAAUUUUUCCAUUGACAUCACACUGCUUCUUUUAUUUGGGUUUUUGUGCUCAGACACACAAAUAGAACAGGACUUCCAGAAUCUACAUCUACAUGGCAAAUCUAUGGCCCUCGGUGUUGUUGGAGGGAUCUGGAGGGCCGCAGGUUCACCAGCCCCGACCUCUAUGGAGCCAGGUUAAACUCUUGACCUAAUCCUUGGAUGGGACUACAAGGCAUUGUUAGUCAUGGUACUGGAUUUUGGAGAUUUUUCUAAGCAUCAGUUGUCUGGGUCUUUCAAACUGUUCCAUUGCGUUCGAACAGACUGAAAAUCUCAUAGCUGCCCUUGCUUUGAUUAACGAACCCUGUUUCCUUGC